CUCACACUUCAUUAUUACUCAUCCAGGCUGUGGCGGGAUAUCUCAGCGUGAGGGAAGCUGAGCCCAUAGAACGAGAUGACAAAGGGGCCGCACUCGACAAACAAGCUGCUGUCGAUACAAUCACACGUUAUACAUGGGUAUGUUGGUAACAGAGCAGCGACAUUCCCGCUUCAAAUGCGUGGAUGGGACGUUGAUUGUUUGAACACCGUUCAAUUCUCCAAUCACCCAGCGUAUGGGAGCUUCAAGGGCACCAAGUUCGGUCCUGAGACCCUGAAGGAGUUCUACAGAGGACUGAAGGAUAUCGGCAUCAAUUAUGAUGCCGUGCUGACCGGGUACGUUCCGAGUGAUGAAGCGUUAUCGGUGGUGUUUGACAUGUGUAAAGACCUUGCAAGCCAUGGGGUUAAAUGGAUCUUGGAUCCCGUGCUAGGUGAUAAUGGUAAAAUCUACGUUAGCCAGGGAAACGUUGACCUGUACAGGCAUAUACUGAGAUGUGGGUUGGUGUCUGUUGUCACGCCAAACCAGCUAGAAUUGGAAGUGUUAAGUGGUGUCAAAGUUACAGAUCUUGAGUCGUUCAAAAAUGCCAUUGAUACAUUUAACGAGUUAUACAACGUUGAGAAUUUGAUCGUUACAAGCGUACAGCUCUCGAAUGACUCGGCAAGCUUGUAUAGUGCAGGCUCUACUCGUAUUCUUCAAGGUGUCUUCAAGUCGUUUUAUUUCAAAGUGCAAACCAUCCCUGCUCAGUUCUCAGGCUCUGGUGAUCUGUUCAGUGGAUUAUUGACAAGUGCCAUCUACAAGUACAACGAGAAAUAUGGGUCGAGUGUUAACAUUAAUACCCAGCUGGAGAACUUACCACUUGCAUAUGCAUUAAACGAAGUGUUAUCCAUAGUGGAGAAAGUGUUGACGUUAACCUAUGAACAUGAGCUUAACAAAUAUACAUCUAGGAGCCAGCCUGUUCCAUCAUAUUUGAAGAUCAAUGAUCUUAAACUCAUCCAGGCAAGACAUUACUAUACACAGGAGCUACGUAACUUCACUGUGCAUUCUUUUUAAUGGUGUACGUUUCUAUUUAUCGAUGUCUCUCUUUCCUAGUCCUUAGCAUUUGGAUGAUAUCCCUCUUGGUUGACUUAGAUCUGGAACUUCCAUUCGUUUCUUCUCCUGUGACUUUCCUCUUCUUCAUGUUUUUAGAGAAUGUUGGCUUGAAAUCUAGUGCUUGUUGGAAACUACGACGCCAUUGUUCGUCGUCGCACUGAGGUAACUCCACCUCUGGGUACUUUUCCUUCACCUU